AUGUUAUCCUCAUACAGCGGCACCUUGAGGCCCGAGACGGCUAAUGCAAGCGAGAUCUUUCCAUCAAGCGACUCUUUCAUCCGUGGCGCCAUCCAGGCCUGGGGUGAACACCUCCACCUCGAGAUUCGCCCGGAUGAAGUGUGGUUUACCAUCCUCACCCAGCUCAACUUUUACAUGGAAAGAAAUGCCGAAGCUGUUCGUCACCUGUUUGUCAAGCAUCAAGGCCAAGAGACAAUCUUCAUUGAAGACACAACGUGGACCAAAGUACUCUGGCGGUUCAAAGACGAGAUUCAGGCCCGAAUACUGACGCCAUGGCUGAAGGACUGGAUUGUCCCGGACUUCUCGACCACCACAGAUAACGAUAUCAUGACAGCCAACAUUUUGAUGAUGGGCUUCAUGAAGGCUUACUUCCGAUACGAGGGAGGCAUCAUCUGUGGACUCCCAAGCGUGACGCUAUUGGGCAAAAAAGAGGAUUGGGAGAAGCUCCUGUCACGACUUGACCGUCUCUCCGAAUUUGGCAAAGAGCCUGACGAGUAUCGUGCACGACUCACGCCUCUCCUGAAGCGAUUCGUCCGUAGCUUUGACAUACCAGAUUCGCCCGAGAUCCGGAAGUUCUGGAACCAGAUUGUCUUCGCCAAGCACGAAGCCAUUUGCGGAGGCUCCCCGCUUGAUCUUUCUGGUUGGAUCACCGGAUUCAUCUACUGGAAGAACGACGGCACCCGCUGGGGGGACAACAGGAAAGGCGGGAUCAUCAUCGACGGCAUCAGCUACGGGGGCUAUCACGAUAUCUUGACACUGCCAUCGGGCUAUGCCCGUGCCCCUUUCAUUAUGCGUGACUUCAUGGGCCGGGACAGAUACCCGGCCUAUGUAGCUGCCGGAACGUUGGGAAAGAGACUGAUCAAGGGGGCUCCCCACGGAUAUAUUGAUGCGCUCGUCCGUUCUGGACAGAACGUGAGCAAGGCUGACUUGGAGCCCGACCUGCACGGUACCCUACGUCCAUUAUGCUGA